AUGCGCCAGGAACUAAAGGAAGCGACGGAAAUCAUAACCCCGGUGCUGGAAGAAAGACGGAGGGACCUAGAAGCUGCCAGGAACGCCAAUCAGCCACCAAAUCGCUAUGAUGAUGCUAUGCAGUGGAUGGAGAAAUGUGCCAAAAGUCGGCCCUAUCUCCCUGCGGAUGCGCAAAUGGCCUUCUCAUUGGUUGCCAUCCAUAGGACGUCAAACAUGCUCACGCAGGUCCUCCUUGACCUUUGUGGCCAUGAGGAUGUUAUCCAGCGCUUCACAAGGAAGUUGUGGCGGUCAUCCAGGAAGCAGGAAGAAGACCGCAUUACAUAA